AUGGUGAGCACAAUUAGUGGAGCGGAGCUCUGGAUUUUUCUAUUCACAGCGAAGGCCAACCUCAGCGGCUAUGGCGAUCGCCUCGUCCUGGCCAUCGCCACCCCCGUACCCGCACCCGUAGCCGUCUGCCGGCGCCAGCCAGGCACCAACGGCGAAUGCGCCCAGGCCGCCGACUGCCGCAACGUGAUCCGCGACGCGGUCACCUACACCGAGCACGCGCGCCGCAAGACCGUCACCGCCAUGGACGUUGUCUACGCGCUCAAGCGCCAGGGCCGCACGCUGUACGGCUUUGGCGGCUAA